UCUCGUUCGGUCUUCAAUAAACCUUCGUUAAGACACAGUCUGUUCCUUAUUGGCGCCGAUUGGACGAACGGUACCAGUCAUGCAGAAAGCACAUGAUCUUCCAGUCGAUCUCUGAUCUUUCAUAUUCCAGAUUCAGACAGUGACGUAUUGUAGUUUCGAUGCCCCUCGCACGAAUAUUUCUAUUUUGAGAUGCUAAGUAAUGGCUAGCUGGUAAAAGAAAAGCGUGCCUCAAGAAGAAGUCAUUUCUCGUGUGAGUGUAACAAUGAGUUGUGCAAAAGCGUUCCUGUUUUUCUUUAACUUCGUAUAUUUGGUGAGUAGUGUGUUCUAUUCAAUAAGACUGGUCUUUGAGCACUACGUGCAUUAGCUAGCCUCGGCUGGUAUCUUUCAGUUUCAGCUGGUUUUAGUUUUGGGCUUACUGUACUUUGCGAAACGAAACCAAAACGAAACGAAUGCAGAACGAAACGAAACCUAAACGAAACGAAAACAAAGUGAAGCGAAACCGAACCUACUGUAGUUUGGGAAGCGAAACGCAAACCACAAACGUAACGGUUGUCGGUACUUAAGACCCGGAAAACUAUUCCGGCCUCUGGAAUACUCCCCAACAACUCCGGCUACCGCGGUUCGCGGUCCGCAGUUCACCGAAGCGAAACAGGCACACAAUACAUACGCACUAUACAUGUAAAGUACCUCGUUCUUAAAUCUUUUUAAAGUCCCAACUUUGCCAGUAAAAGCAGCUGAUGAUUUUAUUGACUGUCAACGACUUUGGGACUGCUGACCCUGCAAUUUAAAAAAACCCUAGCCGUCGUACCGUCUUGUUUCGCUAAACAUUGACGAAACAAUGCUGCUCACUAUUUUUCUCAAAUAUUGCUCAUGGAAGUCGUGCCCUAAAUAUUUUGUUCUUUUUUUUCUAUUAAAUCAAAAAAUAAUCACAUACAAUAAACUGAACAUUGGCAUUUAAAGUGUUCCAAAUUUGGCUCCUUUAUAAUUUUCAAUGUCAAUGUCCUACUGCAAUCUGAUCAGUUUUGCUGGAUCAGACUCCACUUUAGCUUCAUCCUCCAGGUUUACCUCUUUGGUUAUCCCUAGCUGGUAACCUACAGGGGUGGGGGGUCGAGGGAGGCGAUUAUUUUAAACAUUUCCAUCAAAAGGAGGUGAUUACUCGAGGAAGGCUGUUAAUCAAGGGACGGCUAUUAUUCGAGGAGAUAGGGUAAUCGAAAAAUCAAUACUUGGCUGAAUUGUGCUCAUUCUGGUAUGGGUUGAAAGAUCUCUUCACUGUGCACAAGUUUGCCGACAAAGUUUUCCUUGACCAUUAAAACUGAUGCUGGCACAAGCAGUGUGUAGAAGGGAUGUGGAUCUGCUGUGGCGGUUACAGGCGGCUCAGGGGCAAAUGAGUUCAAUUGCAGAACACAAUGUACCAAACACAGAGUUUUGCAUUGACACUGAUCUGCAUAUUAAGACUAGGCCCAAGUUCUUUGUGAAAGAAAGAAAGUGAGAUUGAGUGCUAUUUUUUAUAAUGGGUUUUGUCUUUCCCUGAUUAACCUUAACAGGCUUGUUUCAGGUUUCAAACUUGGCAUACAAUCAAUCUUGUAGUCUUCUUGUUAGUAAACUUGGGACAAACCCAAACUGUGAUUCAAUGAAAUUUUGCUUACUGAUGAAACCUGUGUGUGUUUUCAGGGAGUUUCUGCAGCUAUUAUAUUUGUAGCGGCAUGGGUGAUUAAGAAGUAUGGUGAUAUCACCAAGAUCACCACAGACACUUACACACUUGUGCCCUGUGGUAUCCUAGUUGGCAUUGGAGUCUUGAUCUUCAUUACUGCACUAUGUGGAUGCUGUGGAACUUGCCGUGACAAUAAAUGCUGCAUCUCAACUGUAAGUCAGACUCUCUUUGGGCUGAUUAAUGUUUGUAGUAAACACCUUACAAUGCUCCAAUGCUUUGGUGUAACAAAAAUUGAAGGGAACCGAGUAUGCUGAACAUGUGAAAUCCAAGGUGUCCAGCAAAUUAAAAUUAACAACAAAACUAGGGUUCCUCAGUUACCCAACAGUAAAAGUGAGGCACCAGGGGGCUGAUGCUUACACAACAGUCAUUACAGACUGUAAGUGAAUUUGUCAAAGAAGAGUGAAAAUCUCAAAGCUUUUAAUUUGAAAACUAAAAUGCCAAAGGCAACAUACUGGUAAAAGACUUGGAUGUUCACAAAUAUUAUUAUUAUUAUUAUUUUUAUUGUCUCUUUUGUCACAGUCUUUGCUCAGUGAUGUUCUAGUUGUGUAACAGCCGGGCGUAAACCAUGCACCUGGAGCAUCAGUCAAUUAAGUCAAUUGUUCUGUUCAUGACUAGGCACCUUCCUGAGGAUUCGUGCAGAUCCCAGCAUGUAGAUCUUUUGGGUCCCUUCACAGUAGCCCUCUCUGAUACUUUCUUAAUGUUUUCCAACUUCCCCUUUUUUACUGUACCAAGCUCACUAACAACCAUUAUUAUUACUAUUAUUAUUAUUAUUAUUAUUAUUAUUAUUAUGAAAUACUUUAUUGUAAAAGUAUUGUCCUGAAUAAAAUACAAUUGCAGGCCUACUGGCCUAUGGAAUUAUACUACAUGCAAAAGCAGAAAAAAAAACCUACAAAGGCUACAAAUAAAAUAAUGAUGAAUUCCUCCAUAAGGUAAUAAAAAUUGAUGUUAAAAUUUAAAGCGAAAAUGAAUAUGUGGAUUCAUGCAGUCAAAAUCUAAAAUUCAAAAAUAUUCUUAUCCACCUAGAAUUAAUCUGAGUGAAUUAGUCAAUGAAGCUAAAAAACAACUGUCACUGCAAUGUGAACCUUGCAUAACCUACGUAAUAAUAAUAAUUAUUAUUAUUGUUAUUAUUAUUAUUAUCAUUAUUUUCCUUUAUUCUUUUUCAUUAUUAAUAAAUUCUUCAAGCUUUAAUAAAGCAAUGAAGGAAGGAAAGAAAAGAAAACUCCUCAUCAAAGUUUUAACUUUGUGCAUCUAGAAUAGGCCAGGGGUGCAGUGUUGAUCUUUCCAGACUAUGAUCUUGUGGGAUUCCCACCAAAAAAUAUGGACUAUCUUGUAUUCAAGCCAAAAAUUGCACCCCCAAUGAUGUGCAAAGAUGCUAUGAGCCAAACAGUGGCUUAGAAGUUACCAUUUAAACCAAUUUUAUCAGACAACUUAGGAACCACUCCAGCUAUCAAACUGACUUUCAUCUUUGUUAGUCAUGCAUGGAGUGUGGUGGUAGGUGACCGCUAACUUGGAUCAGAGAGGGCUGUACACAGACCAACUGGACUGUGGGUGUUUGUCAUCCAUGAUUGCAGAAUAACUUGUCCCUCUUAAUUUCUCCAGGGUGCUUUUUUUUUUUAAGGAGAACAGCCCUAGGAGGUUCCAAUGUCCUGAUACGAACAUGGGAGAUGUUUGAUCUUUAGUUUAGAGUGCCUUUUUCAGACUUUUUUCCAGUUCUAAUGCAAUUUUGGUUAACACUUUUUUGUUGUCAGUUCUUUGCACUGCUCCUCAUUGUGUUUGCGUUGGAGGUUACAGCUGGAGUAAUGGGCUAUGUUUACAAGGACAAGGUACAAAUUUUAUGUUGAAGCGCCAUUUGCAACCACCCUCCUGUUUAUAACCACCUAUGCAAAACACCAAAUUUUUCCCAGCCACAACCCUAGCAUAAUAAAUAUUGCAAGGUGCACUAUUAUUAUUAUUAUUAUUAUUAUUAUUAGAACCUCUUGUAUGACCACCUCUCAUAACAAAAGUGACCAUGAUCACUUUUUUGCCUGAUGUUUUUAAAUAGUCUUUCAUUUUUUUAAAUAUCUUUUAAGCAACCACUUUGCACAUGGCAUAUGGUCUCUUUGUUCACUGUACGUACUGAGCCACUAGUAAGAGUAUAUGAAGAACUUUCAAUGACAACAUGGAACUACAAGAAGUACUCCUUAUAAUUACAUAGAAAUUGCAUGCCAUAAAUUCUAUACCAAAAUGUUGAUCAGUGUACUGGGACCUCUUCUUCCACACAUUCAUCCAUUUUUUAAUAUUUUUAUCAGGCAAAAGAGUUUGUGAACGAUGGUUUCAUUGAUGCCAUCAAGCAUUAUGACUACAAAGAUUCAAGUUUGGACAAGGCUGUGGAUGAUCUGCAAUCUAAAGUUAGUAUUACAUCAAACACUCCCUGUUGAUUAUAAUGUGAUUACUCAGGGGAUAAGAGAUUCUCAAGGUCUUAUAUAUCUAAGAUCAUACUGUUUUACUUGGCCUGGGGCAGUUAAUAUUUAAUUUUUUGAGUCAAGGGAUGAAUAAGGAUAUUUUAUUUCUCUAUUCAGAAUAAUAUUUUUGCCUCAAGAUGACGUUGUCUUUUGGAAUAUUUUAAUGAGGUCGAUUACUCAAUUGGCAGAUAACACCCUCCUGAAAAUAUUCCCUACUUAAUAAUGACUUAAAAACAAGUUUACGUCGGUGUAUACUUAUACUACAUGUAUUUUUUUAUUUAUUUUUAUUUAUUUAAAUUUUAUUUUAUAUAUUAACUGCUUACUAACUGAGCGCAAGGGCCGUACUGGGGAAUAUUGGCCCGAGGUCGUGGCUGCGCUCGGUCCGUACUACUGCCAUUGGCAAAUUCAGGAUAUAAAGGGAUGUUAAGUCUUGCAGCUGUUACAUCGGGUUGUGUAUAUGCUGUUCACGCCAUGUUUUUUGGCAUUAGUUUGGGGUUGUCAGAAAGUUUUGAAGAAGACGGCUGAGUUGUCAAAGUAAGUGGCCAGCACUGGAGGCGCAAGCCUCUAGGGGGGCCUAGAAAAUUUUUAUAUUUAGAUGCUCUGAAAUGCUGUUUUCAGGCUAUUUUCUGUCCAAAAUUACUGAAAAUCCGGAGAAUAAAUUAUGCUCUUUAUCUUCCAAUCUUGCUGGUGAACGUUAAGCUAAAGUUUGUGCUUUAGAAAACUGUCCGAUCAUUCCUUAGUAAGCGGCCUAAAUAUCAUGUGCAUUCUUUUUGUUUCUCAGUAAUUCAUAAAUUUUACGAAUUUCUGAGAUUUCAAAAUGCAGAAAUCAGUAGUUUUUGGUGGGUAUUUAAUUAUUUUUUCAUCCACCUGAAAAACGUUUUUAUUCAAGAAAAUGCAGUUCUAGAUAGAAACUUACAAAGAUUAGACUGAAAACACUACACUUGUUUACAGAGAUCAUUUUAGCAGUCCACACACAUUGUGAUUGACUUAAAUUGCAAAUGUUUAUGUUUCUACAGGUGUGUUAUUGCUGUUAUAAGAAUGUUAUAAACAACAUAGAAAAUACCUAACUUGCUUUUUUUGGCAUCGCCGCCCACAUUUCCAUAAGGCCACGUUCCCAUUUAGCCAUUUUCAGUACUUUUUUAUUCUGCAUACAUGAAGCACUUGUGGAAAGAACUGAAACGGCUGCUCACGCAUUUGUUGAGCAAAGUUGGAACAAGCAAAGUAUUGAGUUUUGUGGCAUUUUUCAUAAUACCUACAACUGCAAGUGACACAUGAUCACUUGCUAUAGUUUUCAGAAGAUGUUUCUUAACCAGUCCAGGGAUAUUUUAUUUAAAAAACACCAUCCAUAAAGAAAUGCCAAGCAGAGUAGCCAGCCGAUACUAACCAAGUAGGCGGCCAUUUUCGCCGGCAGCUGGCUACUUUUGACAACCCUGUUGUUGGGCUAUUUGUUCUUCACAAAGCAUGUGAUGUGAAAUAUCUGCUAUUUUCUCUAGCUGGUUAUGAAGAAUUAGCUAGGGGAUUGAGCCAAUCAGAAAAAGAGGAAUAUUUUGAAUUAUUGUAUAAUAAAGUUUUAUUACUAGCAUGUAUUGAAUAAGACAUGUAUUAUUUAUGUUUAGUUGAAAUGUUGUGGUAGCCAUGGCCGCAGUGACUGGCACAACUAUGCUCAGCAUCAUGAUUACCACCCUCCAGACUCAUGCUCUCAUUACAAAGAGGUAUAUAUGGUUAAAAUAAAUCUUGAAGUAUUUUAAUUUUUCAAAGUACUCUCCUCCCGCCAAAGUGGCCUUGAGUUAGAAUCUGGCACCUAAACGUAUGCGGGCUGAGUUCAUUGUUGGUUCUCUUCCUUGCUGAGAGAGGUUUUUCUCUGAGUACUCAGGUUUUCCCGUCUCCUUAAAAACCAAGACUUAAAUUCCUAUUCAAUCUGAAAUACAAGGACACAUUUGAAUGAGUUCUUACUAAGUGCUCUUUGGAUAGCAAAUUACAAUAAUUGUUACAAACAAGUUACAAAUUUUUACCAUUGUAAGUCUGAGGUGUUAGCUGCAGAUAUGAUGUAGUUGAAUUUUAUCCUUGGUUUUAUAAAGUCUAUUUUCCUUUGUUUGGGGUAUGGUAGUCCCUGUCAAUCAGUCAAAAGCAAAUUAAUUACUAUUUAAAAUUUAAAUUAUCUAUCAAGACACAACCUUGAGUUGCCUUGGUUCUUGCUUCGAUUAAUUUGUUUACACUGGUUUUGCUAUGGCUAUUUUUGUUUGAUGACUUAAAAAUGAAAGUUGGUCCAUAAAAUUAAUUACCUUUCUGCUUAUAUUGAAAGGGCUGCUUAGAUAAGAUAACUGAUGAUGUCAAGAAAAAUCUCUCUUACGUCUUGGGUACUGCUAUUGGUGUUGCUGUGUUGCAAGUAAGUGAUUGUAUUAUUAUUAAUCAUAACUAUACAGUCAACACCUUGAAUAAACUCUCUUCAGCUCCAAGUUUCUAUGUUUGAGAGGUGCCCCUUGCCCAGCCCCCGCUCAAAGUUGAAAUUUGAGUUUGGGAGCACUUGUGUUGUGCUACCAGAUGUAAAGGUUUAGGCACACUGCUGAAAUUUUAGGCACACAGCUGAAAAUUUUAGGAGCACAGUUUACAAUGUUGAGAGCAUCUAUUUAAAAAGAAAAGGUAAAAGCUUGACGGCGCCACGUUUAUACAUGUCAUCUUCAGUUUGUUACUUUUAUUUCAUCAGUCCUGUGAUUGAUAAAAGACAGCUGCUUUGCUAUGCUUUUGAAUGGGAUCAUACUUUGCUCAUCUUUUCUCUCCUCACCCAUCCUUGUCACCCUAGUCAGUUAUAUGCAUAAAUUAUUUUGUUACUAACCAUAAAGGAUUUGCAGCAAUUUGUCUUUAAUUUCCUGAUUUCUGUUAUCUGUUAAUUUUUCAACAGUUACUGGGAAUGAUCGUAGCUUGUUACCUCAUGUGCUGCAGUCGAGAGUCUGGAUAUCUGAGACUUGAAGGAGGAAUUCGUGUUUGAUUUUCAGAUUUAAGGAAGGAAAAUAACAAGCUAUAUAGCUAAAGUUUGUAAGAUAAUGCAUGGAGUAGCAAGAGAAAAAAGAGCAUGUACUUGUAGGUGCAAUAAUUAUUGCUUUUUUUCUUUAAUGUCUCACAGCUGAGUAGAGUAGCAUUUUUCACCACAAGGACAUUUUUCUUAUAAUAUCAAGGCCAAGUUGUUUGAAGAACACAAAAACCUUGCAUGUUUUGUUAUCUUGACAAAAAAAUGCUUGGUUUUAAUGGUUGUACCCAGAAAUUUUAAGCGGGAAGCUAAAGCCUGUAGUUCUAGAACCAAGCUGCUAAAAAGUUGUUUUCCUCUGAAAGCUGGGAGUGCAGAGGACACCCAGGUGACUAACUGGCUGAGCCCCUGCUCUGUUGACAGUCAAGGAUGAGAGCUUUAUACCAGGUUUUAACAGGGCUGCAAGAUUAGCUUGCAUUAAAGUUAAGGGAAUAAUUAUACAUAUCAAGUAGUGUUUAAAUACGAGCAGGAGUCUAUUACCAGGUUUAAAAACUCAGCGCUAAGCUGAGAGCUUUUAAACCGAAUAAUUCAAUGAUUUCAAGUUUUUGGAACAGCUUCAAAAUCUCUUAUAUAGGUCAAGUCACUCUUUCACUAAUAUUUAGAUUUGGGGUUAUUUUUGUAUAAAAAAAAACUGGACAUAAAGUUUAGCCAUGCCUUUGUCAGAUAUAAAGACACUCAUUAAACUUUAAUUUCUUUUUUUUCUUCAUGAAUUAGUGAUGAGUUUUAAAAAUGUGAUUAUAUAAUUAUACUUGUGUAAAUGAGCUUGUAGUGCUUGUUAACUCUGGAUCCAUUAUUUAUUUGUUAAAUCUGUUUCUUACAUCUUAUAUUAUUGCCGUAACCAUGUCUAAAAUUCCAUGAUAUAGCUCAACUGGAAUAUUGUAAUAUUUUUGUUGAAUCACAAUAAUAAAUAAUUAUUAUUUGAACAAGCAUAGUGUGAAAUUUUCAUGUGUCAGAGGUGAGAUUAUAUUGAAGAGGGAUAUUUGCCAGCUGAUGUUCUCUAAACAGCUAAUCCCAUGAUUCUACUAAAUGUUAUCAGGCAGUCAUUAUAGCUCCUGAGGGAGGAUCAAAAUAAUGCUAUGCUAAGUAAUAUUUUAUGUUGUUAACACUAAUAAAAUAUCAAGUGGGCAUUCUUGAAAAGAUCACCAUUUUGUUUGUUAACAGAAUAAACUGCACAUUUUGCAGAAAAAAAAUUAAAGUGAAACAGUUUGGUAUUUUAUUGGUGUUCAUAUUAAUAAAAUAAAUGGAACACUGCAUGGCUGCUCUGUGAAAGAAAAUUUCUAUGCUCAUGGUGUUCAACAGCACUCAAAGGGAAAUUUUGUAUCCCUGCUCCACUUUGUAAUAUUGUCCUCUGUUAGGGUUGGCAAAUGGUAAAAUCCCGGACGUAGUGAUUGUUGCUUCAAACUCUAACAAUUUUGGAAAAUCUGAGUCUUGGACUUGAUAAAUAAUUUAUUUAUCAAGUCUAAGACUCCUAUUAUCCCAAAACCUAUUUGGAGAGGCGACAAAUGAAAAAACCUUAGGUAAUGAGUAUGUGCAGUAUUAACAGGUGGCCGUGUAAUAUUGUUAUAUCCCCUAGACUUUCACACACAAAACUAAACAGGGACUGCCAUUGGUUGAUUCUUGGUCACAUGGCCUUGACUAAAAUCAACUGUAUCCUGAUCCUGAUACAUUUUGAGCAAUUGUAAUCCCCUUGGGAUACAUUACAGCACGUGAUCAAAGCAUGGUGGAAAGUGGCAUGACAGAAGGUGGGGGAAACACUGCCA